AUGAAGAAGUGCCGCUUGCCAACCACUGUUGCGUCGUCGUCGGGUGCUGUGCCUUCUCCUGCUCACGUAGCUGCGUCACGCUCGGUUACCCUGAUGCUCUUUGCCUGGGUCGCUGCGUCAGUUCGGGCAACGGCCGCCGUCGAUUAUCGAUGUUUGUUUAUGGAACUACUUAUUCGUCACUUUCAGCACAUGAGGAGGAUCAUCGUUGGCCUCGACCCAAAAUACCUCGAUACAUCGCCGCCGAAUCAAAUGGGGCAAAGCAGUAACUGUCUCUCCUGUGCUUAG